GACUCAAGGUUAUUGUGCUUUUUUACGAUCCGCGCACAUUGCGGAGCAAUAAGCUCCACGGUCGUCGUUUCUCUGUCGAUGCUUUCCAUCGAGAGCCGUCGUGUACUUAUCACUCCGCUCAAUAUAUGGAUCUAUGCUUUCCUGGCAGCAGUAUCUACACUAUCGGUCGGAGCCUCCAUCCGGUCCCCCCUGUAUAUGCUCCCUGUAAAGCAGCCAGUGUAUAUUGGCCAAAAAGUCGUUCUGACCUGCCAACUCAAGGGACUGGAUUCACCCCUGGAAUAUGCCGUGUUAUUCAAGCGUAAUGAAAAGGGUAUUUCAGAAAAGUGUCAGGCGUACGACAAGAACAUGUAUCAAUUGGAAUGUGAUCCGAAUGAUUGGCAAAAAGCCACCACAUACAAGCUUCUCAUUAAUUCCGUCUCUUGGUCAGACCGUGGUGACUGGUUCUGCAUUUAUGCAGCCAAUUCAGCUCAGCGACGUCUGGAGGUAUAUGCUCCUGCAGAAUUGAAAAAAAUGGGUGUGACCAACUGGCAAUCCCCAACGGUUUUUACACAACAACAGCGGCAGCAUUUCUCCGGCGAAGUGGCUCCGGGGAAAAUGGUGCAGCCCAUAGCUACCGUGUCCGGUGUCGGAUCUGUCCCCGGAUCUCCACCGGCAUCCCACAUUGGUCUUGGUACUCGAACCAACCCGUAUGAUCUGAGACCUGGUCUGGGGCUCCAGCUAACUUGUGAAACGACGUGUGGUUAUCCCGAAGCCAACGUUUCAUGGCUUAUUGUGAACGAGACAUCUAGCAGACCUGGUACGACUACCGUAGGACCAAACCAGAUUCGAUCGGACACAUGCAACCGUUCCCCAUCGACCACCGAAAUGACAACCACCAGAUCCGCAUUGAACGUGAACUGCUGGCAACUCGGUUUGGUUGGACUAAACGAAGUUCAAUGCGCAGUCUCCGGGCGUCAGUACGCAGAUCACACUCCGUCUCGGCAUAUUUACGUGUUGUGUCCAGGUGGAGAACGUCCUCUGCAACUGACCCAUGGUGAAGUAGUGGCGAUCGCGGUCGGCUGUGCCAUCGCGUUGAUCCUCGCCUUCAUGAGCUGUGUCGUAGUUCGAAAUUCCCGCAAAGAAUCUCCGUUUCCAAUGAACACUCAUCUUCUGGGCCAGCGCGUUUAACCAUCACAUUGACCACACUCUCUUGUCCCACAGACCUCCUUUUUAUUCACAUCCAUUGUACAUUUUACAACAUUUCCUCCCACCGUGUGUUUGCGUGUGAUCUCUUUCCCCAAUUUUUUUGAUCCGACUACAAUACCAUGCGCAUAAUAGGCUUCAUCUGUCCCCGAACACUUCUCAUAUUUUGCGUUUUAUGUUUCUUACCAUGUUAUUCGUUUUUCGGUCUUUUUUAUUAUCUUACUUGGUGUUUCAAAUCCGCUUGCCUCUUUCUACGUCAAUCGUAUCCCAUCGCAUUUGUGUUGCCGGCCAUCUUUGGCAGCUCCACGAUCUAUUCGUAUGUUGACUUUUACUUUAGUGAUGAUUUGCUCAUUCUGACUGAAUAAACACUGUUUCAUGAUC